CUUUAUGCUAAUCACCAGCGAUUAAGAUCGCCCAUAACUAACUAAAUAAACCUUUCUAAUUCAACAAGUAACAUUAACCGUACUAAUAAUAUAAUUUUAUAUAUAUAUAUAUAUAUCCACCUAAACAUUACCCAAUGCCAAUUAAAGCAAUCGCAAAAACGAGUGAUUUAUAAUUUACAACCAGCACGAUUAGAUAAUUAGACAGAUAAGCGAAAAAGAAAAAUAAUAUUGAUCGAACGGAUUAUAGUCAUAUUUAAAAUGUCAAGUCGUUCAUUUAUUUUUUAAUAAAUAUAUAACCUGAACAUUGACAUCAAGAGAGUUGUCAUAGUAUGACAACAUGUCCUGUUUAUCAGCGCUGCGCUCACAAAUAUUGAGCUUCGUAUCAGUGCCUCAUGAGAUUCUUUCACUGCGUCACAAGGUCCUGCGUGAGUAUGCCAAGGUCCUUCUGGGACCUGAUUUCAGCCACACAUUCCCCUCGUUUAUCCUCAUCACCGCGGUAUGCGUCGCUCUUAAGCGCUGCUUGAGCUUACGAUGGCUGCCUGUCGCAACCAACAAGACAUUUCUUCAGUCUAUUCUUCAGGCUGCCUUCAGCUGGGUUGUUAUCAACGCUGCGCUCUGGUACUGGCUGAUUAUCCAGAGAGUCCUUUACUGCACCGUUUGGAAUUAUUGGGAUGAUGAAGAAACUACAAAAGGAAAUCCAGUAUGGUGGAAGAAAGUCUGGGCUUCAUAUGACCCGUUGGAGCCAGAACCCAAUUGGCUGUCUCCUGACUUUAUAAGUUGGACAUUGUCGAUGACUCUUGCAACUUUUUUCUACUUAUUUGUUAUAUAUGUCAAUUAUAUAACUUAUUUCGGAAGAAAUGUUAUAGCUUCGCUGUGGGGGCUGAUAACCUUCAAAGUUUUUAGACAAGUUCCCGCUAAAAAAAUCGAGGAAGAAGACGACGCAACAGACAAAAGCGAAGCAGGUUCGGUGUGCGACAGGUGCAAUCUCGAGAUAUCAGACAGCAGAUCCUACAAUCUGCUCCGCGAAGAAUCCCCUGUCUCCUACGGGAAGUGGCAUCCCGGAUCAGGAUCUUCCACCGGGAAGAAUCACCGAAAGAUGCGCAACCGGCGGAGUCCUAUACGCAGCAGCUCCAGCGAGAAGUCAACCGCCCGCUGAAUUUAUU